CUAUUUAUCUCCUAAACUGGAACAAAUUACAACCUUGAUUGUGUGAUUUGUGUUUCUUUUACUAUGUAUUAGAAUUAGAUUAGUUUAUUACAAAAAUGAGCGAGGUAUCUGUACUGUACGAUGGGUAUUCUAACGUUGAUGAAGAAGGCUACAUGACUGCCAAUUGUACAUGUACUCUUAUAAAGGGUGAACACAAUAUUAUUGUAGAUACAAUGACACCAUGGGAUUCAGACAAAAUCAUUGCAGCAUUACAGAAGCACAACUUAAAACCUGAAGAUAUACAUUAUGUUGUGUCAACACACGGGCAUUCUGAUCACACAGGAAACAACAAUUUGUUCCUAAAAGCUAAGCACAUUGUGGGAUUCAGUAUUUCAUUCCAUGACAAGUAUUAUUUACACCCUUUUGAGAAAGGUGAAGAUUAUGUGAUAAAUGAGAGUGUGAAAGUGGCGCCCACUCCGGGACACACUUUGUCUGAUGUCACAGUUCUUGUGAAGACCCCUGAGGAUGAAACUGUGGCUAUAGCAGGAGAUCUAUUUGAAAGGCAAGAAGACAUAGAGGACAGCAACCUCUGGCUGGACGCCGGCAGCGAGGACCCCGACCAGCAGAGGAAGAACCGGCUCAGCGUGGCCGACGCAGCGCACUGGAUUGUGCCCGGACACGGACCUAUCUUCCAAGUCACCGAUGACGUCAGGGAGUUCUUGAAAAGACAACUUGAUUACAUUGAUAAAGGAGACUAAAGGUUUGUCUUUGUAAGUGAAUUCUGAUUUUUUCGUGUUAUUUAAUAAUAAUUGUUCUCGUGCUGUGCAUACAGUAUUUUCUUAAACUUCGAUUUUUUAUAUAAGAUGCCAUGCCAUAAACAACUUUAUUACUACAUAAGUAUAUAACCUAUAUUUUUGAAUUUUAUAAUUAACUAAUGUGAUGGAAAUAAAAUACAUUUUGCAUUGAA